AGUGCUGGAUCAGCUCCUGAUGGAGCUCCACUGCUUCCUCCUCAUCCUGGACAAGGAGACCCUGAGCGGGAAGGCCACCAUCCAGAAGGGCCUGCUGGCCGAUCUGCUCCAGUCCUACAGAGCCUCCAACGGUGCUGACGAGGAGUACAUCUACAUGAAUAAAGUUGUCGCUACAGGAAAGGAUAAAGAUGGCAAAGGUGACCAAUCAGAUGCCCUUGUUAAUGGAAAAGCAGCCAAAUAUGUUCCUGUGCCACAGAAGAGUCUUCCUGACCUGCCACCUCCCAGAACAGGAGUUAUGAGCCGGGAGCCAUUCCCUUUACCUCCAUUUCCUGCUUCUGCCUGUAUAGACCCUGCAGAGAGUUACUAUGAGGAGGCUCAGCCCUACGAGGAAGCGAUCAACGAUGACGGAGAGGCUGUUAGCAGUUCGUACGAGUCCUAUGAUGAGGAAGAAGUGACCAGGGAGAAGUCACCGUCCGCUCAGCACCAGUGGCCAUCAGCAGAGGCAUCGAUCGAGCUGAUGAAGGACGCUCGCAUCUGCGCCUUCCUGUGGAGGAAGAAAUGGCUCGGCCAAUGGGCCAAACAGCUGUGUGUAAUCAAAGAACAUCGCCUAAUGUGCUAUAAGAGCUCUAAGGAGCAAAUGCCUUUGUUGGAUGUGAGUCUACUGGGCUGCAGCGUGGUUUACAAAGAAAAACAGUUAAAGAGAAAAGAGCACAAGCUGAAGAUCAUUCCGGUCGGAGGGGAAGCCAUCGUGCUGGGCCUGCAGAGCAAAGAGCAAACUGAGCAGUGGCUGAAGGUUAUUCAAGAGAUCAGUCCCAAGCCAACUGAAAACUGUGACCUCCCACAUCCUGUGUCUGACUCCCCAAGGCUUAUUUGCACUAAGGGAGAGCUGAAUGAGAGGUGCUCAGUGGCUUCAGAGAGCAGCAGCAGCACAGACAGCCAUGCUGAAACAUCAGAAAACAAAGAUGUGAAGAAAAAAUAUGGCGCCGGUUUGAUGUUCAGCAACCUGAUGAACAUUGGAAAGAAAAAAAACUCCUCACUAGAGAGCCAGGAAAAAUCUGUUGACACCUCAGGUUACUUAAAUGUACUAGUGAACAGCCAGUGGAGAACCUGCUGGUGUCUUAUAAAGAAUGGUAAGCUGUGGUUUUACCAGGACAAGGGAAAGAAAGUGAGCCAGCCAGCUGUGACCCUCGAGGGCUGCAGCGUUCUGCCUGACCCCAGCCCUGAGCACCUCUACUCAUUCAGGAUUGACAUGGAUGGCACGCAGCUGGCGACCCUAGAGGCGAAGACAUCGGCAGAUAUGGGUCACUGGCUUGGCCUCUUGCUGUCACAGACAGGGUCCAAAACUGACCCGGAGGAGCUGACGUAUGACUACGUCAAUGCUGAAAGGAUCUCCUGCAUUGUCAGCGCAGCAAAGACCUCCCUAUACUUGAUGCAGAGGAGGUUUUCAGAGCCAAACACAUAUAUAGACACCUUGCCUUCCAUUUCUCAAAAUUCGGAUGGGCUGUAUGAUGACGUGGCAUCUAUAGCUGAUCCCGAGGAUGCUGAGGAGAACAGCCUCCCACAGUGUGAAGAAAACAAUCACCUGGAACAUGACCAAAUAUCCUCACAAGAUGCUCCUGAUCCAGCAGAUACCAGUCAAGAUGCAGAAAACAAAAUUUACCUGGACCUUAUCCCUGUGCGCUCUUUUCUUCAUACAUCCCCUGGGAAUAAAUUACCCCCUGCAAAAGAACCUCUGAUCCAGUCUCCAAUCCAAGUGGAGGACCAGAGGGAAUGCUCCUCCCAAAAUAAAGAGAUAACUUCAACCAGCUGUAAUGAGCCAGAGUCAACAACUGUAUUAAAUGGGCUUAAUUCGCCUUCCGCCUCCAACAAACCAGAACAACAAGCACCCCAGAGUCCCGCUCCACCACACCUGCAAAGUUCACCUGUCAAGACCCCAUUCCAAAGCCAGGAAACGCCUAAGAAAACCAGUCUGGAAAUCCCGCAGGCCUUUAGCUCUCCUGGGACACAAAUCCAGAAGGGUCAGGUCGCUCAGACUGCUGCUGCGGUCACACAUCCUCACAGCCCCCAACCCGCACGGCCAAAGGCACAUACCGUAGGGUGUACUGGCUCUUUUGAGGUAAAGCUCGGCAAAAAUCGCACAGAGGCCGAUUUGCGCCGCUACUUGGACGAGCGAGAUCGUCUGGAGAAAGAGAGGGAGGAGGUGAGGAGCAGCCUGGCGAAACUAAAGAAAGAGAGGAGGGAGACCAAAGAGGAGCUCAGCACGUGCCAAGAUCCAAAGCAGCAAGCCUCACUGGAGGCCUGCCUGAAGCAAAAGGAAGAGGCGUGUCGAGAGGAGGAGCAUCGCAGGGUAGAAGUGGAACUUUGUUUGGUAGAAGUGAAAGAAAGCCUAAAGAAAGUGGAGUCCGGACCUUUCACCCUAGGAACCACAUUGGACAGCAGCCUCCAGGACACACCCAUACCUAAAGCAGCAACCUUGCCCAGCCCUCAGUCAUCAUCAUCAUCGUCGUCUAGCCAACCCUUGAACAGCAACAGUGCUGAUUCAGCCUCACCGGUCAACUCUGCCUCCGCCCUUAAGAACAGGCCCGUGUCCAUCAUGGCCACGAAAGGCAAGGUCCUUCAGAAAGCUAAGGAAUGGGAGAAAAAAUCAACCACCUAG